AUGGCCGGGCCUAAUCUGAGUGCCCUCAGACACCACCAUUUCACUACUGACCGACAGCAGUCCACAAACUUUAUAGAAUCAACGGUGAAGCUGGCUGAUGGUCUGCGAAUUACCUCAACAAUCUCCUACAGUUCUGUUUACGGAGUUCCGGAGAUUCACCUCAGAUUGACACUGAAUGAACAACUCCUAUUUGACCCAGAGGCCACUCAGCACGCGUUAAGCGGUAUAACGUCUUCCAAUAGCGCAUUCGAACCUCUAAUCGCGUCCAUAACCUUGAAAGAACACCGCUUCCUUGGAUCCACGUGGUUUUAUAUUCAUCCCUGUGAUUCCGGUGCAUUCAUGGACGAAGCGUACACUGGUGAUGAUAGUCUUCAGUGGCUGGUGCUAUGGGCCAGUAUCUAUGGGAGAUUGGCUGGCUUAUAG